UUGGGCACAGCGAGUGUUUGAAUUUUGACCAACCCGAAAUCUCAGUUCAUACAUAUAGUAUUCUAUCAUGUCGACCCGUUUGUUCAACAUGUUCUUGGCGACCCUAUUGAUAUUAUUCGCAUUGAUUGGCAGUAUAAACUGCGGUGAUGACGAUGACAAUCCACAGGAAGACCCCAGAACGAAACGUCCUCCGAUUACUGCCGACCUGCCAGUAGACAUUGCCACGCCAGAUUAUAACCAUGGAUAUGACUAUACCCAGGAGAAUUCAUACCAUCGUGACAAUAGUGGCUUUGCUUACGGCACUCGUCAACCAUAUUAUCCUCAACAGACCGGAGACUAUAACACAUACGGUUCACAGUAUUACGAUGAUUAAUACAAUCAAGUUAUAUUAUUAUUUUUUUGCGUGUGCGUUUUAAUCAUGUAACGAUUUACUCAAUAAACUAUUAU